AUGUCAUCUACCCGAUUCGCAGACCAAGUGGUGUUUGUAACGGGAGGCACCUCUGGCUUAGGCUUGGAGUCUUGUGCACUUUUCGUUCAGGAAGGUGCUAAAGUGUUCGUUACUGAUAUUGAAGAACGAGAUGUACUCAAGAGACUGGGCCCAGCGGCUUCAUAUCGUAGAUGCGAUGUCAGCGAUCCAGAUGAAUGUUCAGCUUCGAUUCAGGCAUGUAUCGAAAAAUACGGCAAAUUAGAUGUUUUGUUUCACAACGCUGGUCAUGGAGGGCAAAUAGCACCAGUGACGAGACAUGACGUGGGAAUGUUCCGAAAGGUGAUCGAGACGAACUUAUGCUCCGCUUUCUACCUGGCGCGUGUUGCCAUUCCCCAGAUGCAAAAGCAAGGAAAGGGCGCGAUUAUCAAUGUCGGUAGCACAUCGGGCUUGUUCGCAGAUUACGGCUUGUGCUCAUAUAAUGCGGCAAAGGCGGGAAUAAUCAACCUUACUCGAUCGAUGGCCCUGGACCAUGCGAGGGAGGGUAUAAGAAUCAACGCAGUAUGCCCGGGCUACAUGGUGACGGCAAUGACAAGCAAGUUCACCGACCAUCCCGACUUGCUGAAAGAGCUUCAGACCACAAUCCCUCAAGGUCGUGGUGCAGAGCCUAUCGAGGUUGCAAAGGUUGUAGCAUUCCUGGCCUCGGAUGAUGCUUCAUACGUAAAUGGCGCAUGUGUCGUUGUCGAUGGUGCGUGGACAGCGCACUCCGGCGCACCUAACUUUGCGAAGUACUUUUGA